UGAUGUUGCCAUCUUCGGCAACAUCUUCGCUAUCGUCCGUGGAAGAACAGAAAAACGGCCAGGACGCUCCGUUUCAUCCUCCUGAAGCUGCACCUCCGUUGUAUCUCUGCUCCACCGCGAUUGCGUCCUGCUUCCGGACCUUGGACGACCAC